AUGUCUUUCAUCGACUACUUCUCGCACCCCACCACAGCACUCAUCACAAAUAUAGCAUCUCUCCUCACACCCUCCUUUUUAGCCCUCAUCUCCAUUGUAACCAUCCUCUACACCCUCACCCUAUCCCCUCUUCCCUCCACUCCUGCGUUAUCAAUAGACUACCUCCUCCACCUCACAUCCUUCCUCUUCCCUCCCAUCCAAUUCAUCUGGUCCUGCGCCCUCGGCUCCCACCUCUCCUACCUCGCCAUAGCAAAAACCCCCUCUUACCUCCCCUUCACCCUCGCAACCUGGUAUACCCUCCUCUACUCCCUCUCUGCCAUAAACACCCGUCUCGGCAAUGGUAAAGCGAGAAAAUUGGUGUGGAGUCAGCAAAUUGCUGUCAUCACGGGAGGAGCAGGAGGUUUAGGGUGGUUGAUUGCAAAGAUCCUCGAGCUUAAAGGUGCGAGUGUGGCGGUUUGGGAUGUCAAGGCUUCUGAAGAGUUGGAGCGGGAAGAGGGAGGGGUCAAGUGGUAUAGAGUUGAUGUUACUGAUGUGCAAGAGGUGGAGAUGGCGUGGCAGAGGGUUAAAGAUGAUCUCGGCACUCCGACUAUUCUCAUCAACAAUGCUGGUAUUGUGAAUGGUCUGCCCUUGCUCUCGUUGACAGCGACUCAAUACACACGCUGCUUCGCCAUAAACACCCUCUCCCACUUCCACACAACUCGCACUUUUCUGCCUUCGAUGCUUUCGUCACCUCUGGGCGGCACAAUCGUCACUGUGUCCUCCGUGCUCGGACAUCUUGGAGCUUCCCAUCUCACCGACUACACGGCUUCAAAGGCAGCGUUGCAAGCUUUCCACACUUCCCUCGGCGCCGAAAUCUCCCAACUAUCCUCUUCGCCCCAACAUCCAGGUGCCAAGAACACGAGGAUGCUGCUGGUAAAACCAGGACAACUAAGUACAGCCAUGUUUUCAACCCUCAAGUCGCCAUCAGACUUCUUUGGCCCUGUUGUACAGGCUAAAGAUUUGGCGAAAGCGAUUGUGGAUGGCAUUGAGGAGGGUCGAGACGGUGUUGUUGCUAUGCCAGUUUAUGCUCAUUUGGUGGAGUGGUUGGGGGUUUUGCCGACGGGGUUGCAGAGGGCUGCUAGAUGGAUGAGUGGGGUUGAUGGGGCUAUGAAGACUUUUGGGUCCAAAAGAGAGUGA